AUGAACGUCGUACCAUCGUCCAACUUCAGAAGCAGUGUUGCCUCCAACCAGAUCAAGGGAGCCACGUCCAACGCGGCUCCGACUCUUCCGGAUAAUUUGCGCCUUCAGAAGGGCGCUCUGCCGCUCAGCUCGGAGCUGAGCGGCCAACACCCGCUCGAGAACAGAGUUAACAACUGGGACGCCACUCAGCGCAGAAGACAGCUCGAACAGUACCGCCAGGUGUUUGGCAUUGCUGAGCCUAUCAAACGCGAAAUGGAGUUGCAGAUCGUUGAGCACUCGAAUUUCAAUCCGCUCGACACGACGGGCCAGCGGUCCAUGCAUGCCGACAUACUGUUGAACAGGGACGCCUCUGUCGACUGGGAGGACGUUUACCCGAGCGCAGAUGCCACGGGCGCCGUUGAUCUCGGCCACAACGUCCACGGCCAAAUCGAGCAGCAGCUACGUCUCUAG